GCCACGAAUGUCAUUCUCAAUGCUUCUUAACUUUAGAACAGAUGAUGAAUCAGAUGAUGAAGCAGAUGAGGAAGAAGAUAAGUCUUUAAUUACAAAGACAGCUUGUCUAGACAAGGAAUGGCUUGCACCAAAUGAUCAAUGUAUUGAGGUCCAGUGCACUGUUGGAAAAUAUCUUAAGGGAGGUAAAUGUGUGGAAUACAUAAAAGAGAUUAUCCAACUAGGCUAUAGCUUUCAGCUCUAUUUUGUCACUCAAGGUGGCUAUACAAAAAUGUUAUCCAGUCAUUUCAUCGGAGAGAGAUCCAUUGAAAGAACAACGCGACUUUUCCUAUCACAGAUUGAAAAAAAUUUUUUUUUUGCUUUCGUUCCUUUCCAUUUGGAAGUGGAAAUAGCAGAAAAUCCUUUUCGUAGUACAUCACGUCAACUCAACAUCAACGCUUCUGUCGUUUUUUCUGUCAAAGUUAAUUUUAAUUCGCGUACUAGAGAAUCAAGAACACAGUUUGAGAAUAGUUCUUUGGAAUACUUGCUGGCUCGAGAUUUCAAGUUGACCUUGUCUGAAACAUGUGAAGUACUUUUAAAGCCUAGAGUGCAGUUUAUGAAAUCUAAUAUGCGUCAAACAAAGAGCUCACUCAAAAGGAAUUAUAAUUUAAGAGAUCUACAUGGCUGUUUUGAUUGUAUCACAUUUUCCUCUCUAAUGCUAUGUAAGCAUGUAAGCUUCAACGAAACCGAGUACCAGAUAACUAUCAAUGAUACAGUCACACCACCAGACAUUUCAAUAUCAAUUGAUUUCAAUGUGACUAAGAUAAUCAUCAAAGACAACAAAGAUCUUAUCAUGGUAGAAGUCAAUGACGAUGGUAGACUCAAUGUGUGCGUUGAUCUGUUAGACAGAUUAAAGUCAAAAAGCAAUACAGAAUCAAAAAGACCUGGACUGUGGUGUAAUGAAACAAUUUGUUUGAUUGAGUACAUUCUGACCUUGACCUGUUUUAGUCUCUCUGCUGUAUGUCUUCUACUGACAAUGUUGACAUACCUGAUGGUACCGGAACUCAGGACAGUGACAGGUCUGAAUAACUUCUUUUUAAGUUGCAGUCUUCUAUUGGCUCAAGUUUGUUCCUUAGCUAGUAUACUCACAUUUCAACAAGAUGUUCAUUGUCAAGUUCUCGGUGUAGUCACACAUUUCCUGUGGUUGUGGAAUUUCUCGUGGAGCUUCAUCUGUAGCUACCACAUGUUUCGUGUGUUCACUGACCAUUCCAGAACUCGAGCUGUUAGAGCUACGAUUGGUGGGAUGUGGAAGUCUGUUUGUGGGUCAUUCACGUUACCAGUGUGUGUGGUUAUGACAUCCAUCGGAUACAAUUACGUCAUGACAGAACAGAGGAAUAUUGGUUACGGUAAAACUAAGUGUUACUUGGACUCGGCCUUAUCUGUGGGUAUCACAGUAGCGGCUCCGGUGCUAAUUAUUACAGCGAUCAACGUGACUUUCUUCCUGAAAGUUGUCUACACCAUCUACAAGGUCAGAACAUUACAGUUAAUGGAAGCUGUUGGCAGCGACUUUGAUUUUAAGAUUUACAUGAAGUUGUCUACUGUUACUGGAAUAUUUUGGAUUGUGGCUUUUUUAGCAGAAUCAAUGGCCAGUGAUAUUUUAAAAUUGGUGUCUGUCGUUCUGAACGGACUCCAGGGAGUGGCCAUCUUUUAUUCCUUCGUCUGCAACAAAAGAGCUUUGAUGCUGUGGAAGACAGUUUGUGAAAAUCGAUGAACGGAUUUAGCUUUAUAACACAACAGUGACAACGACCAGGAUCAUUUACCACGAAAAAAAAUAUGCUUCUGAAUUAUAAAAUAUUAGUAGAAAGCAAACA